AUGGUUGAUGCAGGCAGAGACUUCCAGGUGAGUACGAGAAAUCAAGACGUGGUGACCCCUGCACUGCCUUUGCAAGAGCACAGGCUACCUCUCUCCAACCUCGACUUGCUUUUGCCACCGCUCAAUGUGGGGGUGUUCUUCUGUUACAAGAACCACAGCGACCCCUCUGUGGCAAUGGACAGGGUCAGCGUUCUGAAGAAGGCUCUGGCCCAAGCCCUGGUGACAUACUAUGCCUUUUCCGGUGAGGUGGUGGCCAACUCUGUUGGGGAGCCUGAGAUUUUGUGCAACAACCGUGGGGUUGAUUUCACAGAAGCUUUUUCUGACCUUGAACUUAAAGAACUCAACCUUUAUAACCCGGAUGAGAGCAUUGAAGGCAAAUUGGUUACCAACAUGAAGCGUGGAGUGCUGGCUGUCCAGACAACUGAAUUCACGUGUGGAGGGAUGGUGGUGGCAUGCACAUUUGACCAUCGCAUUGCAGACGCCUACUCAGCCAACAUGUUUCUCGUCUCAUGGGCGCAGAUGGCCAACCCAAAAUCGCCAGUCACUAACGUGAGUAAGAUCCCCUCUUUCCGUCGUUCUUUUCUAAACCCUCGACGUCCCGGUCAGUUCCACCCUUCCCUAGAUGACCUGUACGUCCCAGUCACAUCUCUGCCUCCUCCUCCUCCCAAAAUGGAGGCCAAGGAUCUUAAGGACCACAUCGUCAGUCGCAUAUACUACGUCACAGCCGAACACCUUAUCGAGCUCCAAGCACUUGCCAGCUCUAAUGGUUUCAAAAGGUCCAAGCUGGAGUCGUUUUCUGCAUUUUUGUGGAAAGUGGUUGCCGGAAGCCAUAGCGGCAACGAUGUCGACAAAUUAUGCAAGAUGGGGAUUGUAGUUGACGGACGGACAAGAUUAGCCGAUGACAGUGAUUCAAUGGCUAGUUACUUUGGCAAUGUCUUGUCUAUACCAUUCGGUGGUAAGAAAAUACAAGAGCUCAAUGAAAGGUCACUGAAUUGGGUAGCUGAUGAAGUUCACGAGUUUCUGAAAUUUGCGGUGACAAAAGAACAUUUCUUAGGGGUGCUAGACUGGGUGGAGGCUCACCGCCCGGUGCCAGGUUUGGCCAAGAUAUACUGCAACGAGAUCGAAGAGGGGCCUGCUUUCGUGGUGUCUUCCGGGCAAAGGUUUCCGGUUAGUAAGGUGGAUUUCGGUUGGGGGGCACCGGUGUUUGGGUCGUACCAUUUUCCAUGGGGAGGCAGUUCCGGGUAUGUGAUGCCGAUGCCGAGUCCGGUGGGGAAUGGGGACUGGGUUGUUUACAUGCACAUGUUGAAAGGGCAAUUGGAUGUGAUAGAGAAGGAAGCUGGUCAUGUGUUCAAGCCCUUGACUUUUGAUUAUCUUAAUUAA